CAUUCUGAUGGUGAUUCAGGUGUGGAACUAAAAGGCGAUGGCAGACCCUGACGCGCAACAAGAGACGCGCCAGUCCGCCAAAGACUCCAUCAAGUUCUCCAUCAAGAACCUGCUCGGCAUCGACGACCCCCACGGCAACAGCAAGCCCACCAGGCCCAGAAGCUUCUUGGAAGGCAGCUUCUUCUCCCGGCUCGCUGAUUUGUCUCUACCUCGCCUGGAGUUGCCCUCACAGCGGCUCGGUCUGUCCCCAGCGUCUCCUUGGUGGUAUCCGUACACGCUCGGCGCUCAUCUCAAGGCUGGAGGUUCAGAGAAAGAUGAACUGUUGCUGCACGACAGACCCUCGCCCGACCUCCCCAAAAGCGAGCCGGACACCAAAGAAGAAAGCGCGGAAGACGACGAAAGUGACCCAGAGGAGCCGAAGAAAGACGCCGAGCCCGCCGAGGACGACUGGCCAAAGAAGCCCGACCACUCCGACGGGAAGCCGUGCAGGAAGAAGAAGACCCGCACCGUGUUCUCCAGGAGCCAGGUGUUCCAGCUGGAGUCCACCUUCGACAUCAAGCGCUACCUGAGCAGCUCGGAGCGCGCCGGCCUGGCCGCCUCGCUGCGCCUGACCGAGACCCAGGUGAAGAUCUGGUUCCAGAACCGCAGGAACAAGUGGAAGAGGCAGCUGGCCGCCGAACUGGAGUCGGCCAACCUGAGCCACGCGGCGGCGCAGAGGAUGGUGCGGGUGCCCAUCCUCUACCACGACCACGGAGCUCCGGAGACCAGCGGGAGCGCGGCGGGGGGCUCACCCGGCGGCCGGGCUUCCAUCCUGGCCUUUUCUCACCACAUGUACUACCCCCACCCGGUUCCACUACUGAGGCCUGUUUAACACGUCAUCACACUUUGUUUAAAUUUGCCUACAACUUGAAAAACGUUGAUAUAUAUUUCCAAGUUCUAUGUCUAUUUUGUAGAUUGACCGUGUGACUUUCUUUUAUGUCCCAUAUGCAUUUACAUUCUAUUUUAGGGACAAUCUAUGUUAUUGUCCCGAUUGCUUCAAAGUGUUUGAAUAUAUUUUCAUGUGCAAGGUUUGUACAUAAUGUAUUUUUAAGACUCAUGUGUUCGUGACU